AUGACCAUGCGCGUGCUGCUCUCCACCUCGAGCGCCGUCAAGAUCCACGUCACGCGCGCCACCUCGUGCUGGGUGCGCGCCUCGUCUACGCUCGAGACCCCCAGCGCUGCGCCUACGCGCUCGCCCACCGCGCUGGGUCUCGUGCCUCGUCGCUCCAAUGUGCCGGAGCCUGCUAUUGAUGUCCAGACGGCCGUGAGCAAGUGCAAGACCCAGAAGGCUCGCAACUUUGACGAGACUAUCGACCUCGCUAUCCAGCUCGGCGUGGACCCGCGCAAGCCGAACCAGAGCGUGCGCGGCGUCGUGAGCCUGCCAAACGGCACGGGCAAGCAGGUGCGCAUUGCCGUGUUCGCGCGUGGACCCAAGGCCGAGGAGGCCAAGGCUGCUGGCGCGACUAUUGUCGGCGCGGAGGACCUCGUGGAGCAGGUGCAGAGCGGCAAGCUCGAGUUCGACCGCUGCAUUGCCACGCCGGACGUGAUGCCGCUGGUGGGUCGUGUGGCUCGGAUUCUCGGCCCCCGCGGUCUGAUGCCUAACCCCAAGCUGGGCACGGUGACGCUGGAAGUUGGUGACGCCAUUGCGGCGGCGCGUGGCGGUCAGGUCGAGUUCCGCGCAGAGAAGAAGGGUAUUAUCCACGCUGGUGUGGGCAAGAUGAGCUUCUCGGAGGAGGCGCUGCUUGAGAACGUGCGCGCCUUCAUGGUCGCGCUCAGUGACGCCAAGCCGGAGGGUGCCAAGGGCAAGUACAUUAAGGCCGCCCACCUUAGCUCCUCGAUGGGCCCGAGCUACACUUUGGACAUCAAGUACCUGGACCCGGCCUCGACGUCUUUCAUGCGCUUCGAUUAA